CCGUCAGCUGACCCGGGCGGGCAGGCGGGCAGGGCGCAGAGCUCAGGCCGGGAAGUCAUGAGGUUCCGGUUCUGUGGCGACUUGGACUGUCCAGACUGGGUCUUGGCAGAAAUUAGCACCUUGGCCAAAAUAUCCUCAGUGAAACUUAAGCUGAUCUGUGCCCAGGUGCUGAAGGACCUGCUUGGGGAGGGGAUUGAUUACGAGAAGGUUCUAAAGCUAACAUCAGAUGCCAAGUUCGAGCCUGGGGACGUGAAGGCCACUGUGGCUGUUCUCAGCUUCAUCCUCUCCAGUGCUGCCAAACACAACGUCGACUCCGAAUCUCUCUCCAGUGAGCUGCAGCAAUUGGGGCUGCCCAAAGAACAUGCCUCUGCGUUGUGCCGGUGCUACGAGGAGAAGCAGAGCCCCCUUCAGGACAGCCUGAGGAGGUGCAGCUUGAGAUUGAACUGCCUGGAUUCUGUGUCUUGGAGAGUGGAUUAUACCCUUAGCUCCAGCGAGCUCCGGCAGGUCAAUGAACCAGUGGUUCACCUCAAGCUCAACAUGAAGGAUGUCGACAGGGGAGCCCUGGAACCCGUUGCGAUGACGCUGUCGGCAGAGAAGUUCCGUGUCUUGCUUGCAGAGCUGAAGCAGGCCCAAGCCAUCAUGAAAACGCUCGACUGAGGGGCCUCCAGGGCGGAAGGUGCUGAGGCUGGAACGCGCUUGAUUUUGCACUCAAGGCUGAGAAGUCUCUCUGGGGCAGCCAUUUCACACGCAGAGAGCCAGCGAGAGAGGCGGGGGAGCUGCCAUGGACAGCCGGUGCAACAGCUGCAGGCAAAGGAGCCGUGGCCCAAAUCCAUCCCAUUUCACUCAAAAGCAAACGCCGUUCCUGCUCAGUCCUAGUCUACAUGUGCAGCAGAACAAGGUGGUAGAAUCAAUCGCACCACUUCCCAGUGCCGUGUUGGGGGGAGGGAGAUGUUUUUUGUAACGUUGCCAGAAGAUUUCUGCAUUCAGAAAACUAGCACAGCAAGGAGUGGACCCGAGUAGUAUGUUUCCCCCAGCUGGGCCAGGUGGUUUUUUUGCCCUGCUGGAAGCUUGGUAUGUGGGAGAGCGUUCAAGUACAGGUGUUCCUCCUGUGCUUUGCAGUGGUACAGUCCCACCCUGCUGCAUGUCUGGACCAAGCCUUGCUUGGCUCCUGUUUGAUUCUCCUGUUUCGACCAGAACCUUCCCUGUCAAGGCCCAGACCCGGUCUCCAUCUUUCUUAGAAGGCCGGCUGCCCCCAAAGGUAAGCACCCUCUUGCGUCCUGCCACUCAUAAAAGCAGGAGGCCGGCUGGUCCUUUCCAUUUACCAGUGAGACAAUGUGUGAGUUGCGGGAGGAAGCGUGGAAGGGGCGGCCCCUCCCUCUUCUUCCCCAAUCUCUGCCCCGCGUGCUUUCUGUGGGCUCAGCACAUCACAGGCAGGAGUGCAAGAGGCCCAUGCCUCUGGAUCUCUGGGCGUUCGCAGCUCAGCUACGGAAACGUGUUGAUACUUCUUUGUAAAUUUCUAUACUUUGUAGACUGGGAGACAAUUAAACCCCACAAUACUGCUCAA